AUGAUUACUGGGUUCUUGUACAAUGGAGAUAUUAAGGAAGCUAUAGAGUUUUUUAAGAGGAUGCCAAAACGAGAUGCAGCUUCUCUUAGUGCCCUUGUGUCUGGUUUGAUUCAAAAUGAUGAACUCGAUGAGGCUGCUGCUCUCUUAUUUAAAUAUGGGAAAAGGGGUGACAUGGAAAAAUAUCUCAUUCACGCUUAUAAUACUUUGAUUGCUGGGUACGGCCAGAAAGGGAGGGUUGAGGAUGCUCAACGUCUUUUUUAUCAGAUACCAGUUUGUGGUAACAAAGGAAGUGGGGGAGACUUGAGGUUCGAAAGAAAUGUGGUGUCUUGGAAUUCUAUGAUUAUGUGCUAUGUCAAAGCUGGAGAUAUUGUUUCCGCAAGGAAGCUGUUUGAUCUGAUGGAGGGCCGAGAUACAUUUUCCUGGAACACAAUGAUUAGUGGCCAUGUUCAUGUGCUGAAUAUGGAUGAGGCAGGGGAUAUGGAACUUGCACGCAAUUUCUUUGAGAGGAUGCCUCAGAAAAGUCAGUUAAUUAUUUGGGGACAAGUGGAUGCUCACGCCACAAAAUGGGAUUUGUUGAAAAAGAGAUUGAUGAUGGCAUUCCCUUCUUGUUCCUCAGCUUUUGGAAUUUCAUAUUACAGGGCUGAAUUGCAGCCACCUAAGUCUCGUGAUGUGAUCCUCUUGAAGCUCUCUUGCCAUGACAGAAGGGGCCUUUUACAUGGUAACUUUUGCAUACUACGAGUAGCACUGGUCAGCUGUGGCCCUGAUACUAAGAUGGUAGUUGCAAACCCUGUUGAGUUAUCUGGCAAGGGUCGUCCCCUGGUUUUCUAUGACAUAGCUCUUGCUCUUUAG